AUGAUCUACAAUCAAAUCGUAGUGCAAUCGAAAUUAGAGUUUCCACAAGAAAAUAAUGAAAAAAUAUUAUUUGCUCGUUAUGAACAAUCGGUAUCACGCGAUUACGUGCGACAAAUGAGACGUGUUGAUAACGAGAAAGCAAUAAAAUCAGCAACUUAUUCAACGAUGGGCGAUACAGCUAUAACAGCGCAUGCAAGUGCAGCAGGUACUAGUGAAAUUACAAGUACAACUGCAUCAAACACAGUUGAAGCUACAACAUCUACUGGAACAAGUUUCAAGUGGAGUACUACUCGGGAUCCAAACUUCUGCCAAAAUGCAUCACAUUUCUUCCAAAGCGGCCAAUGUAGAGAAAGGAAUACAACUAGGGAAAAUGCGAUAAAUACUCUGCAGAAUACUACAGAUCCUAGUGUCAUUGCCGCGGGACUUUCGUCAUAUAUAAGUGCAGUGACUGAUUCAAAUGUAUCAUCGACUUCACAAAAUACUUUAACCGUAGAUAAAAUUGAUAAUUAUCUUACUAUUAUAAACAGUACAGAUUUAACAAAACAGACCACUGACUCCAUCCUUGUGGCAAAGUCAGUAGAACAAGAAAAUAGUACAAUCGUUGUAGGUGCAUCAUUCACAACUGGUGUUGGCGGCAAAGUUAUCGAUUCAUCAAAUAUAAACAAUGUGAAUACGCCGAAUGUUUCAGCAGCAGCUAUACUUAGUAAGCAAUCUUUAAUCGGUGUCCGCUCGUUAAAUGUGCUAAUAUUUGAUAAACCUACUACGUACAUAAAUGUAGACAACACAACAAAUAAAACACUUGCAUCAUCCAUUAUCAUGGUGGCAUUGCGAAGAAAUGAUGCGACAUCAGCUCCGAUUGACAUAUCUCUUUAUUUUAAAGUUUUAUCGGAUUUUGAACCUAAGAUUGCCGCAGAUUAUUUUUGUUCCUUCUAUGAUACAAGCAAUCACAUAUGGAAUGAAUCUGGUUGUACAAAACCUGCUUAUGAUGAGCAAUUCAAACGAUAUGAGUGCCGUUGCAAUCAUACUACUACAUUCGCUCUUGUUUGGUUGCCUAAGACACGUCUUACCCGUUACCUUAAUUCACAAGAUAUUGCAUCUUUGGUAUUUCAAUCAAUUUCAAUUUUAUGCUUUCUUGCGGUUGUGCUUCAUACAAUUUUGACACGAAUUCAAAAUCCAAUAAUGAGUUUACAAACAUAUGAUUUACUCCCGUUGAUGUCAUAUGCGGCAACAAUGAUUGUUUUUAUUUUCUUCAUUGCUCUUGCAAUGACAACUUACGCAAAAACAUCUUCGGAAGAUCAAACAAGUUGUUUCCUAAGUUCAAGUGUUUUAAUGUUUUUCGUUUAUUUCUUUUUAAUUUUCAUGUUUUGCAUCAAGACGAGUGUUGCAUAUUUUAAUUAUUUACGGUUCGUUCGUUUAUUUCCUGCACCAUCAUAUCGACGAUUGUUUAUCAUGAUUUUGAUUUCAUUUUUUAUAUCUAUUAUAUGGGUCAGUGUCGCAGCUGGACUUAAUUCCAAUCCAUCAUACAACAUUACUCAAUUGUAUCCGUAUAAACUUUGUUGGUUUACUCGCGAUGUUAUUUACUACUUUCUAACCAUACCUGUUGGUGUCUUCCUUUUCUUGAAUAUCUUAAUAUUCAUUCUUGUAGCUCAUCGUAUAAUCGAACACGUCAGAAAUGCAACAUCACCUCAUCAAUCAUAUGAACGAAUGAAACGAUGUGUGAUUAUUUUACUUUUAUCCAGUGUUACACAAGGCAUUGGUUGGCUUUUCGGCCCAUUUCUUACAAUUGUCGAUGAAAAAGCGGGCAAUAUUUUAGGCUGGUUUUUUAUUAUUUUCAACGGAUUGGAAGGUCUAUGGAUUAUUUUGUUAUAUUUAAUAAUUCGAUCACAACAUUCAGACGAACAAAACCGUAAAUUAGGAGCCGGAAAAUUACAGAACGAAAAUGACUCAACGCUGCAUACAUACAAAAAACCUGUUGAGCAAGAGAAUAAAAAUGAAGUUAAUAACAUAAGAAUGGAAAUGCCAGUUCAAGAUCAGAGUAAGGAAAAACAGACUACAGAUUCAUCUGAUCAGUUUCAUGACCAAACGGCAAACUACUAUUAUCAAUAG